AUAACGCGGCGGCUGCACCCGGCCGACACAGCCCCGAGAGCAGCGCCCCCCGGGAACGAGGCGACCGCCCCCGGCCAACAUGGCCCCCGAAAGCAAAGCCGAGAGGACAAACUGCGGCGGCGCGGCACUUCCCGCCCCAUGCCGGGCGGCCGCGCAGGCGCCCCGUGAGGGGCUGAGUGAAUAUAAGAGAAACUUCAGAUGGAAAACCCCAGAGUUUUGUAGCCCGUCCGAACAGCAGAAAUCCUUGUGGGCAGGACUUCGAUCAGAUCAGUUUGGAAUCACAAGAGAACCAAACUUCAUUUCCAAGAGAAGGGUGCCUUACCAUAAUCCACAGAUUUCAAAGUACUUUGAAUGGACAGCAGAUUGUGAUUUGAAUGACCCACUUGAAACUGAAGCUCUUAGGACUGCAGAGGUGCAUGCAGAUCACAGCAGCAAUGAUGUGAAUAGGGAAAAUAUAGAAACACCAGAAGGACCCAGACUCCCCCCAGAAGUUCAGUCACAUUUGGUAGAUUCUAGAGGUGAAACAGCUCUUGCCGUUGCAGAAAACAACAUGAAGAAAUCGCCCUCUGCAGCUCCACCAAAUCAAAAUGAAGCAUUUUCAUCUCCAAAAAAGGAAUUAGAAAAAAUGGGUAAUGGGCUACACAGAGUCCUUCAGAGGAAAGCAGGCAUGAAUAUUCCACGUUUAUAUACUUUCCCCAGAAAUUCUGAAUAUCAAAGCCAAUUUGUUUGGAAGAGUCCUCAUGAAAAGUCACCGAUACUUGCAGCUGAACAGGUUAUUUGCAACACAGGUAAAACUCCUGCAAUUACUUCUGAAACUGCAUGUGAGAGAAAUUUCAAAGGGUCUCCUCCUGUUAAGGGUCCACAAGAGAGAGGUGGUUCAGAAGAGAAAGAAUUCCCGGUUUGUGAACAAAGUAAGAGGGAAGAACCGUUUCAAAAGCCAGCAGAAGAUGCAGCAAAACAAGGGAAAUCAGAACAGAAACAUCCUAAACAAAAAAAUAAGCAACAUACCAAUGCAAAGCCCCUCUCUUUACAUGCAAGUCAUGGGAAGAUGAACACUGAAUAUAGGUCAAAAUUUCUGUCUCCAGCCCAGUAUUUCUACAAAGAUGGAGCUUGGUCUCGUAUUAAGAGUAAAGUUCCCAACCAGGCUUCUCAAAACACCCUAAAUUCCAUGUGGUAUAUGGAGGUGAAAGAACUUCGAGAAAGAGCAAAGGCUUACAGGCAACGAGUAGAGGGAACUCACUUCUCCCGAGACCAUCUCAAUCAGAUCCUGUCUGAUAACAACAGUCUUUGGGAUGUGUCCUCAAAUUCCAGCUCAGAAGAAGGCAUCAGCAACAACAUCAGAGCUCUAGAUCUUGCUGGAGUUUCUGAAAAAGAGACUGCACCAAGCCCACAAAUGCUGCAGCACCCUGACUCCAGGGAACAGCCACACCAGGACAGCACUGAGAAGAAGGAUAUGUCAGAUGCUUUAACUGUUCCAGUCAAAAGGCGUUUAGCUUGGGGUGAACAAGAAGGUACUGAAGAAAGGGAGAAUCAGCAAUCAACGGAAGAGGGAGAAAAACAAGAUGAACAAGCUGCAGUUGUGGCUCAGCAGUUAGAAGAAAACAAUAAGGAUGCCAAUGAAGACAAAAAAAUUGAGGGUGAGAAUGCCUUAGUAUUGAAUGCUUCUGCAGCUGUGUCAGAUUCUUCUGUAUCCUCAAGGACAGGAGGCAGGCUUCCGACCCCGAAGCUGAGAGCGCUUGGUGGAGCUCAGAGGACUCAUCAUGAUCUCACUACCCCAGCUGUUGGAGGUGCGGUUCUAGUGUCUCCUCCAAAAUUCAAGUCUUCAUCUUCACAGCAGAGAACACGAGGUUUAGGAACAGACCCUUCUUCAGCUAAGCAAGGUGCAAAAGAAGCUUCAAAAAGAAGGUCCUUCCGGCCUGAUGUAGAAGUGGAAGCUGUGCCACUCCUUACCUCUCCACCUGCUGGGCUGGGAACUUUGGAUCCUCUGCCGCUUAGACAGGAUCAGUGGCCUGCUAACAGAGUUUCUGAUCAGCAAGCUCCUUUUGCUUCAGCCCAUCAAGAGUGUUCCUCUACACCUUGUGUGCAGAAGUCAGCCAAAAGCUGCUCUAUGCCCUGCUGGAGUCCCUCUCGUCGUAUUCGAGGGACUCUCAAGGAUCCAGAAUUCCAACAUAAUGGGAAUGUUGGCAAUCCAAAAAUGAGAUCAUUCCAGUUACCCCUUCAGGAAAGAAACUAUAAUGAUGAAGCCUUUGUGUUAAUAGCAACAGAGACAAACUGCAAAAUAAUCACAGCCCAAUUUGUAGCUGCAGUAACUUUGGAUGGAACUGAAAAGGUACCACAAAUUUUAAGGUAAAGAUUUUGCUUGUAAGACUUCAGCACCAGAUAGGCAGCAUAAAAUGAUUCCUCUGACUUGAAUUUUCACAGCUGUUCCUCUGCUCAGUCUAUUAGGGGUACUUAUGGCAUCUGUUAUUCUGAUUGCUGUUUUGGCCUUUUUUUCUCUUUACUGUAAUGUUAAUCUGGGGGAGCAGCCAGUGCACAGCCCACCAGUGCAUCUUGGCCUUUUUGUGGGCAGACACAAAUAAACUGUUUCAGUAGUGUGAGUCAACUAAAGGCACUGUAGCCUCUUUAGCUUGAGCUACUGCUAUGUGGUGUUUCUUAGCAUGGUGUAUGAGGUUGAGAUUGGUGUGGUGCUGUGCAGUCACAAUCACCUGUGUUUGGUUUAGAUUAGAGUAUGAGCAGAGCAAGUUCCUAUCUGAUUGCAGUUUAUUUAUAAAUACACCCCAGGGCAACCAAAAGCUUUUUUCUGUAGCCCUUAUGCUUGUUUGCUCCUUGGUUUUAACCAAGGUUCAGGCUGAUUCUCUAUUUUACUCAUUGCAGUUGGCUGGAAAAUGUGUGGGUUGUGCAGAUGGCUCAGCCAAGCAUCUGUGUAUCUACAUAAACCAUACAAAAUCCUAUAGUACUCUGCAGCUUCCCACAAGCUUGCUGCACACAGACUAAAUGCUGUAACUGCUGUGUCUUUAUUUUUUAUCUUUGAGCUGAGCUCAAAUGAUGAUGUAUGAGCUUUCAGAAACAGGUGAAGUGCGCCAGCUCACAGAUAUUUCAUAUGUCCAUAUUUGUUCAUGUACAUACAAACCUGGGAGUUACUCCAAUGACAUGUCUGUCUGCAGAAGUGCAGUUAGCAGUUUUCUCAUACAUGGGAAUCUAGUUGUUAUGCAGUGUGUGAGCCUGUUAUGGGCUGCUUGGAUCACUGUAUUUCAAGAAUUUAUAAAUGCUGCUGCAAGUUAAUUGAAACACUGACAAAGUACAGGUCCUGUUUGGACCAAAUUGUGGAAAUUUGUUUUGUUGGUAGGGAGGGCUGGAAAGUAGUGAUACAGUUCUUUUUAACCUAUUGCUGGAGAAUGGGUGUAAUUAAGGUCAUUGGUCAUAGAGAGCAUUUCUGCAGUAGCAUAAUGUAGUGCUUUACCAGAGAAGCAGCAUCGAGGCUGCUUAAUUUUAAGAGUUCUGCUGGAUGAAAGUAGACCCUGUACUCAAAAGGAAGACCUUCCAAAAGUACAGUUUUAAAGCAUGCUGCUUCUUGUCUUUGUGUUAAACUUCCUGUUUUCUUCAUAAAACACAUUUAACAGCUUGUGGUGCGCUAGCUGGGUUUGGCACAGAAGAGCUCUUUGGGCAACAUAGAUUAUGGUAUUUUAAGUCAUGUGUUGUUCUAAGGUUGCAUGCUUUGCUUGGAGCAGUGUGUUGCUUUCAUGAAAGUGUUAUUAUCAGAGUCUAGUCUAUACAAACUUCAGUGGCAGAGGAACAAUUUCUGAGAUCUUCUGAUGCAGGAAAGUAAUGCAAAGAUGACUUGGAGAAUCUGGCAAUUCCCAGGUGACCAUAGGGAUCUCAUUCUGGAGUUUGUCAAGAGCUGGGCAUGUAGCUCUGUUAAACUUACCUAGCAUCCUAAUAGUUUUCUAGUGAGAUUCUUCUCCAGCAUGUCAGUUACUAAGUGAUAAAAUUGAAGUGUGUUGUGGUACUAUUUUAGCACCCAUUGUGAAAGAGGGCAUAAAAAUAUUUGCACUUUUGAAGUCUGCCAUGAAUGUCAGCUAUGUUUUAAUAGGUAUAUUUAGUCUUCCUAUUUACUUUUUCCCCUUGUUGCUUU